AUGGCCGUCAAAGCAUGGCAAGAUAUCGCCUCAGAGAAGAAGAAAGAGCAGAUAUCUCGCAUUCCACCAGAGUGGAUAAUCUCAGAUUCGCAAAUACCUCCGAAAGGAACCAUUGAUCUUCGGCCAUAUGCAGCGUCCUCGGGCAUACUCACUGAAAAAGAGUUGGAGAUCACUGGAGAAAAGCACGAUGCCACAUCCCUAGCAGCGAAGCUAGCAGAUGGAAGCUUCACGGCCAUCGAAGUCGUAACAGCUUUCUGCAAGAGAGCAGCUGUUGCACAGCAGAUUUGCAACUGUCUAACGGAGAUCAUGUUCUUGGAUGCUCUUGAGGAAGCGAAGAAGCUUGAUGCGCAUUUCAAGGAAACUGGCAAGACACUGGGCACUCUCCAUGGCAUCCCCAUGACCUUUAAGGAGUGCUUCCAUGCUAAGGGCUAUGAUGCCAGCGAUGGAUACAUUUCAAGAUGCUUCGAUCCCUCAACGUACGACUCUUAUCUCAUCCAGGUCGUGCACUCAGCAGGCGCAGUAGUCAUCGCCAAAACAAACGUCCCCCAGACCAUGCUAGUCGCCGAAGCACACAACAACGUGUUCGGCCAGACGAAGAACCCAGUAGUCUCCCACCUGACCUGCGGUGGAAGCAGUGGAGGAGAGGGUAGCUUGAUGGCCUUCGGAGGCAGCGCAAUAGGCAUUGGCACCGACGUCGCAGGUUCUAUCAGGAUCCCCGCCGCCGCCAACGGCGUCUACGGCUUUAAGCCUUCUUUCGGUCUCCUUCCCAUGCUCGGCUACGCAAAUUCCAACUGGGCCGGCAUGAACACCGGCAUCCCUGCCGUUUGUGGCCCCCUUACCCGCUCCAUGCGCGACCUCUCCCUCCUAACACGCGUAGUGCGCGAGAAGAAACCAUGGCUCGCUGACCCCUCCAUCAUCCCGCAUGUCUACGAAGCUGGCACUUCUUCACGAAAGCCAGUAGUCGGUGUAAUCCGCCAAAGCGGGUUGACCGUGCAUCCACCCAUCCGGCGCGCCAUCUUCGAAGCCGUGGCCAAGCUCAAAGCGGCCGGGUUCCAGGUCAAGGAGUUUGUGCCGCCGUCAACAUUUGCAGAGAUUCGGAAAGUCGCUGCUGAGCUGUUUACUAUCGACGGGAUGUCGUAUGCUAAACGCGAGCUGGGCAAGGCUGGGGAGCCUCCGGUACCUUCAGUCAACAAAAUCGGGUUCUGGGAUAUGCCGCGUAAAGAGCCGGAAGAGGUGUGGGAGUGGAAUGCGAAGAAAGGGGCGCUACAGAAGCAGAUGGUUGAUGCGUGGCAGGAGCAGGGUAUUGAUGUGGGUUUGUGCCCGGCUGGGCCGUUUACGGCGGUCAAGCCGGACGAUUGGCGGAUUGAUAUGUAUACGGUCUGGGUCAAUGUUGUGGAUUUUCCCGCCGUCAUUAUCCCUUACGACACGGUGGAUCCGGAGAAGGACAAGAAGUACGAAGAUUUCAAGCCUAUUUCUGCGCUCGAUGCUGAGAUACAAGCUAUGUGUAAGCAUCUACGGACCCCCUAG